AUGCUUAAGUCUUUGGGAAGAAUGACAAGAAAGUUUUCAACCUCCACCGUUAAAGGGGACUUGUUCAAGUUCCAAUCGCAGCUUCCAAAGUUGCCCGUCCCCACCCUCCAAGAAACAUGUUCCAAGUACUUGAAAACUGUCGAACCUUUUCUCUCUUCUAGUCAAUUAGAGACUACCAAGGCGCAUGUGGAGGAAUUCUUGCAAACCGGUGGUCCAGGAGAAGUUUUGCAGAAGAGAUUGGAAGACUUCGCUAAGGACAAGGACAAUUGGUUGGCCGAAUUCUGGGACGAUUAUGCAUACAUGUCAUACAGAGACCCUGUCGUGCCAUAUGUCUCGUACUUCUUCAACCACAAGGAUGUAAACAAUGCCAUUGGCCAGAACCAGUUGUACAAGGCAUCGUUGAUUGCUUACUACACGGUAGAGUUUCUUCUCAAGGUUGAGAAUGAAACUUUGGAGCCAGAAGUUAUAAAGGGAAACCCUUAUUGUAUGAACGCGUUCCACUACAUGUUCAACAACUCGAGAGUGCCUGCUGCUGGCAGUGACAUAACCAAAAGAUAUGAUGGAAGAGAACAUCGCUACUUUAUUGUGGCCUUGAACAACAACUUCUACAAGGUGUACCAUCACGAUGCUGAAGGAAACCCAUUGUCUAAAAGUGCUCUCUUCAAGCAACUUCUUUACUUGGUCAAUGAAGUGAGCCCAAGAGUACCUAGAGGUGAGGGUGUGGGUGCUCUUACUUCGUUGAACAGGGAUGAGUACUUGAAUGCAUUCAAUGCGAUGAACAAAUCGCCUAUCAAUGAAGCCUCUUUCGAAUCUAUUUUCGCCUCUUCUUUCGUUAUCUGUCUUGACGACAAUUAUCCUGUGACCAUAGAGGAAAAGGCAAAAAACAACUGGCACGGAGAUGGCCAGAACAGAUUUUUUGACAAGCCCUUGGAGUUCUUCAUUAGCAAGAAUGGUAACUCGGGCUUCCUUGGUGAACAUUCUAGAAUGGAUGCGACACCUACUGUUCAAUUGAACAACUUCAUAUUACAGAACAUACUGAAGGAGGACCCUGAAGCUUUCAUUUCUGACAUCCUCGCCGAUUCCGCUCAUGCGGCAUCUCUCGUUCCGGAGUUGCCUAGUGUUUUGCCAUUUGACAUAUCCCUUCAGACAAGAGCUGAUAUUUCGUCAGCGAUCGCGAAGUUCCAGCGCACCAUUGCAUCUCAUGAUCAAGAAGUGUUCCAGUACUAUGGCUAUGGUAAGAAUUUGAUCAAGCAAUUCAAGGUUUCUCCUGAUGCCUAUGUUCAAAUGAUGAUCCAAUUGGCCUAUUAUAAACUCACUGGUAAAGUUCGCCCAACUUACGAAAGUGCUGCAACAAGAAAGUAUUUGAAGGGAAGAACUGAAACAGGCAGAUCCGUCUCUGUUGAGUCUAAAAAGUUUGUUGAGACCUGGACCAACACAAAAGCUAGUGCCGAAGAAAAAAUUGCGUCCUUCAAUGCUGCCUGCAAGCAACAUGUCAAAUACUUGGUCGAAGCUGCAGAUGGGAAGGGAGUGGACCGUCACCUUUUUGGUUUACUGCAAAUGAUCAAGCAAGGAGAAAACACACCAGCGAUCUUCACCGAUCCUGUGUUCAAGUACUCUUCGACUUGGUACCUUUCCACGUCUCAGGUGCCUUCCGAAUUUUUCCAAAGUUGGGGCUGGUCACAGGUUAUUGACGAAGGUUUUGGCUUGGCUUACUUGGUCAAUAACGAAUGGUUGCAAGUUCACAUCUCUUGUAAGAAGGGUUCUGGCUUGAGAUCCGAUUACAUGAAAUAUUAUUUGACCGAAACAGCAAAUGAAAUGAAACAAGUCUUAUCUGCUCAAUUGCCUGCUAAACCAAAGCUUUGA